AUGAAGGCUGUGAAGAAGCGCCGACAAGAUCAAGAUCCUAGCGGGAACAUUAUCAUCAGUAACCCCGGGUCCAAGCAGGUUCCAAGAAAGUAA